UGAAUUUUGCACAGUAUUGAUUAAGCUAUUUAUCUAGUUAUCCAGACAAGAUAUUUAUCUGUAAUUUAAAAUGAACAAAAUAAGUAUUGCUGUGUUUGUGGUUGUGUGCUUCGUCGCACUUUCCGUGGCAUCGCCAGUGCCAGAAGAUGAGAAGAUGAUCCAUGAAAAUGAUGACCAUCUCUUGCACAGGGUGAAACGACAAUUUGGCGGCGGCUAUGGCGGCGGUGGUUUCGGUGGGGGGAGAGGAUUUGGCGGUGGGGGAUUUGGGGGACGAGGAUUUGGUGGGAGGGGUUUUGGAGGCAGAGGCUUCGGCGGUGGGCGUGGAUUUGGUGGGAGAGGAUUUGGCGGUGGGGGAUUUGGGGGCAGAGGGUUCGGUGGGAGGGGUUUUGGAGGGAGAGGUUUCCGAGGAUAAUAAUUUGUUGUGAAGAAUCAGCAGGAAAUCAAUGCUGCUUUCCGGAAUGGAUUAUGAUUGCUUCGUAAUUUUAUUUUUCAUUAGUAACUUGUAGCCACUUUGUGUACUGAAAAUUUUUAUUUACACUAUUUCUAGUUGAAUACAUACAUACAUAUUUACUGAUGCAUUUAUUACACAUAUUCCAUAAAAACAGAAGCAGUAUAAUCUGUGGGUUACUUAUGGUAAAAAAAAAUUAGACACGAGUCCAUCAAUAAGUCUGACACAAUAAAAAUGCAUGUUUAAUCGUCAUCCUGAGUUAUGCUUGUAAUCCUAAAAAACAAAACAAGUCGUAAAAAAUUGUAUUGUUUGGUUGUGAAGUAUAUAGACGAGUCUGUUUCUUUGUGUCUAGUAAAAUAAAGUAAAUAUAUACGCAAGUUUAA